AUGUCACAUGGAGAUCGGAAGGCCUGAAACCAAGGGGUGCAGGUUAAAUGGCAUUACCUUUUUGAUAGUGCCAUUUCACCGAAAAAUUUUUGGUUAGAAAAUUAUUAAUAGUGCGACAUUUGACUGAAAAAAAAAAAACCAUUAAUUUUUCAGCCAAAUGUCGCACUAUAAAAAUUUCGACCAAAUGCAUUUCUAAUGGAGCCGAAACCAAGAUGUAACCCUUAUUUAGGAAGAUGAUGCCAUCAAAGCUCUUGUCGAAGAAUUCGGAGUCAAGCAUUGGACACUCAUUGCACAACUGCUUGUAGAUAGAUAUGGGAUUAAAGGCAGGUACAUUUUAUGCAGAACUGGCAAGCAGUGCAGAGAACGUUGGCACAAUCACUUGGAUCCACAAAUAAAAAAAGACACAUGGACUAAAGAAGAAGAAGACACAAUCUUUGAAUAUCAGAAAACUUAUGGAAACAGAUGGUCAGAAAUAGCAAAAUUUCUUCCAGGCCGAUCUGAUAAUGCAAUAAAGAACCAUUUCUAUAGUACGAUUCGCAAGAACUUAAGGAGAUACAAUAGAAAACGCCGCCCUGAAGAGAAAAUCUCUGGGCCUAUAAAGCAAAUUCUUCAAGAUCAAGACUUGAUGGAAAUCUUGAUGGCAUACCCAGAAAAAGUUUCUAAUAAAAACAAGACACUCUCAAGUGAGCCUAACUCCCCCCCCCUCCGUGAGUGAACAAAACCAUUAGAAAAAUCCCUAUUUUUUGCCCAAAAACCCACCCUCCGUGAGUGAACAAAAAUUUUUUUAAUAGAAAAAUUUUUUAUGGAAAAAUAUUUUGAUAUAUAAAUGAUAAUUAGUAUAAUGAAAUCUAGAGCUAAUUCUGUUUAAUUUUAAACGAAUUGCUUUUUAAAACAUAAAUUUUAUAAAUUAAAUUAAUUUUUGCUUUCCAAUUUUUGCGAAUUAGGAUUUUUUUAAAUUUCGAAAAAAAAAUAUUUUUUAUAAAAUUUAUAUAUAAAUAUAUUUAAAAAAAAAAAAAUUAACCCCCCCUCCGUGAGUGAACAAAAUUUUUUUGUUCACUCACGGAGGGGGGGGAGUAAGCAACUGUAAGUCAUAAUUAGGAGAAGGUCAAGCCGAAUUAUUGAUAGGAAAGACACAAAACCACAAAUUAGCAUAGAAACUGAUAUAAACGAUAACGAGGUCCCAUCCAUUUUAUGUUCACUUUAUGAUACACCUAAGGAAAAUGCUCACAAGAAGUUAUUCUAUAUAAUAAUGUAUAAUUUAUAAGGGAAAAUUAUAGGGAAAUAAUUAUAUUUUAAGGUAUAGUUACACCAUCGAUGAAUGGGGCUAGCUUCGAAAGCUCUAGGACUACUCCUAGCAGCAUGAUAACUCCGUCAAAGCUUAUUAGGUUUCCUGAUCAGGGCUGUUUUUUCAAUUUUCAAGAGAAGAAUCAAGAAGAAAACCAACCAGACACAAAUGAAGACCCACCGGUUAGAUCAGAUUCUUCGCAAACAGUCACCCUGGAGCCAGCCAAAACUAAAGUUAUCCCACAAUUUUCGAUCCCAAAACCUGAAUAUUUACCUUACACAGCAGAAGAGCAUCAAUAA